AUGGUGAAUUGGCUUACCAUCGGUACCGACGGACAGUGUUUUGGAGGGUUACCUUAUGCCAUAGCAAUAUUGCUAACUACAUCAUUCACCAACGGACAUUACAAAUUUACCUAUGGUGAAUUCAUUUCUCCAUCGGUACCGAUGGACAAUCUCUAUUUACCGAUGGUGAAUUGGCUUACCAUCGGUACCGACGGACAGUGUUUUGGAAGGCUACCUUAUGCCAUAGCAAUAAUGUUAACUACCUCAUUCACCAACAGACUUUUCAAUUUUACCGAUGGUGAAUUCAUUUCUCCAUCGGUACCGAUGGACAAUCUCUAUUUACCGAUGGUGAAUUGGCUUACCAUUGGUACCGACAAUACCGACGGACAGUGUUUUGGAGGGCUACCUUAUGCCAUAGCAAUAAUGCUAACUAGUUCAUUCACCAACAGACUUUUCAGAUUUACCGACGGUGAAUUCAUUUCUCCAUCGGUACCGAUGGAGAAUCUCUAUUUACCGAUGGUGAAUUGGCUUGGACAGUGUUUUGGAGGGCUACCUUAG